GUGUUUACUAACCAUGUGUCCAUAUUGUGCUUCGUUGCUACUUACUAUUUUUAUAGCAUAGAUUAGUAUAUUAUAUGUAAGUAUUGUAACGUUUUGUAAGUAGUAAGGUGCUAGCUUGAUUGAGUAAGCUGCUCGUUGCUACAGUGUUUUAAUUUUAAAUUAUCAGUUUACUGUGUAUACAUUAUGUAUUAUAUGAUUGUAUUCUAAUUUCAAAUUUGAUUUAUAUUUAUAUAGACUAAUAUAAUUAUUAAUUAGUUUCAUGAUGGAAGAAGAAGAAACCCAGCCGGAUUGUAGUGCACAAACUAGAAAAUUGCUUAAAGAUAUCAAGUCUGGAAUUUUGGAAGCCAAAGAAGCAACAAAUAAGAUUAUUAACAAAGAGUACAACGCUUCUAAUGGCAUAAGUUUAUUAGAUAUAAAAUGCCAUACGUUAUUAAGCUAUAUAAAUAAUUUGACUCAUAUUAUACUAAAAAAAUGCAAAUUUCAAUCUAUUAAAAAUGAUCCAUCAAUUGAACGUCUUGUUGAGCAACGAACAGUUCUAGAACGCAUAAGGCCUCUUGAAUUUAAAAUGAAAUACCAAAUUGAUAAGCUUGUUAAGACGGCAUUAUCUGGUUCUGUUGAUCCUAAUGAUCCAGAUCGGUUUCGUGCAACUAUUGAUGGAUUAGCAGAUGCAGAAGAUCAUGAAGAAGAUGUAGAAUCUGAUAAUGAUGAAGCUGGUCAUCAUAAUUCAAAAAAAGCUAAGGAUGGUGUUUAUGUAGCACCUAAAGUGACAGCUGUACCUUAUGAUGGCGAUGAGUCACGAGCAGUUAAAAAACAAAAACUGUUAGAAAGAGCAAAAAAGAGAGCACUACAAAGUUCAGUUAUGCAAGAGUUACGAGAGGAAUAUGCAGAUACACCAGUUGAAGUACAAAUUAAUACAGUUGGGUUAAAAAAUAAACAGUCCAAGUACGAUUAUGAAAGGCAGAAGUAUGAAGAAGACUAUUUUACAAGGUUGCCAGUUACCAAGAAGGACAAACAUAGAGCUAAGCAAUUAUCAUCAGUUACUCUUGGAAAAUUAGGGAAAGAAGUAACACAUUUUGAAGACAUUUCAGCUCUUGGAGGAAAUUUUAGUGAAAAAAGCGGUAACAAAAGAAAGAAGAAGUUCAAAGGAAAAAAUUUAAAAAAGAAAAGGAAAUUUUAAGUUAUGGUUUUCAAAUGUUGUAAUUAUGUUUCAUUACACUGAAUUAAAUUGACAUAAAAAGUUUAAA